AUGGAGGACCGAGAACAAAGAAAGAGGAAACGAUUGCGUACCGAUCGAGAACCAGCUCUAUCACUGAACAAGAGUUCUAUCAAACGAAUCUCACGUGCGUGCGACAGCUGUCGUCAGAAAAAGAAUCGCUGCGAUGGUGUUCGACCAGCCUGUUCCCAAUGUGCCGCUGGAGGUAUCAAAUGUAUGUAUGGAGCUCAAACAAGGAAACGAGGACUUCCUACAGGCUAUGUGCGCAUCCUCGAGGCGCUCUGGGCUAUCACUCUUAGACUUGUUCCCAAGAGUGAGGAAACCGCGCUGAAACUCUUGAAAGGAGUCUCAGUGAGAUAUGACGAAGAGGAAAAAGUGAUAUUCGAAAGCGGACAUCUUAUCGGUGAUGAGCCACUCCGAAAGAUUUGGGCACAAAGCCGGUUGCGGCAAAGGAUUGAUCAGAUGGUCGGUCAAUUUGAGAAUGGCGCCGACCCUAAUAUCAGCCGUCAGCAACCUAUGGAUCUCCUCAAGUCUUCCAUGAGUUCCCUCGAUGACGGGACCACAAUUGCCAUCGAGCCGUGGUACACAAACAAAGAACCUUACAUCGAGAAGGAAGAUCGUGCAUUAGAACUUGGUGACAUGGAAGCAGAUAUUACAAUUGAUGACACCAUCGGUCAGCAACAAGAAGAAGUCCAGGAAUCACUACGUUGGCAGGAAUUGUCUUCAGUACCGACAGGAAGUAGAGACUCUCCGUUACACAGUUCUCACAGUCGUCGAACUCGCAAAUUUCAAGUCCCUCAUGCGAUGUGGGCACUCAUCGACAUCUAUUUCAAUUCUGUCCACUGUUGGUUCCCUAUAGUCCAGAAGCAUACAAUCAUGAAGAUAGCUUCUUCUUCUCAAGAUGGGCUUCUCGAAGAUGACUACGAGAUAGGAUUACUUUCCGCGAUAUUGGCCACUAGUUCAAGUUACGAUUCCUCAAUCAACAAUAAUCUAAUUGCGACCGAUUCACAGUUCCACUAUGAGUCAGCCUUACAGAUGAUCUCGAUUGAAGGUAAUCAUGCACACGCUCUGAGUAUUGCCCAGAUUUUGCUUCUUCUUUCAGUCGUUGACAUGGGUCGAGGGAACUGGACGAGCGCAUCUAUUCUUGUCGGCCGUGCAACGAGAACUGUUCUUUUGCGGAACGAGAAGCAAAGCGAGAUUUCGGCCGCCAAUAUUAGCAGUGGGUCUCUAGCUCUGAUUAAAAGAGUAACUCUCGGCUCAUUCAUACUUGAUACCCUCAUAUCAGCGCACCUGCAGACUCUCCCUCAUCUUCGAAGUCAAGAUGUGCAGAAUUUAUUCGAUUUUGAGGAGGACGGCCCGGAUGAAUGGGAUCAGUGGAUCAACAACGCGCAGUCCAUCCACAUCGACACACGAUUUCAACCCUCUUCCCGCCAACAAAUCCCGUUGCGAGCUUUGAGUACAUUCAAGAACUAUGGGAGUCUAUGCUGCAUCCUGAAUGAUGCGAUUUGCAAAUCUUUCAUCGGACACAAUUUUGACCAGGCCGACGGACCAGGGUUCACGUCAAUUCUUGACAGCUGGGUGGCGAACCUUCCGAAACACAUUCAACUUACCCCAGAGAACGUUACAAUUCAAUUCUCACCUCCGACAGCAAACCUGUACCUCAACUACAGUGUUGUUCUUCUCUAUCUGCAAUUAUCUCCUCACUCGGCAAGAAAGAACCCGACACGCACUGGAAUCCGGCAGGCGUCCGGUGUAUGUGCAGCUUCAUUGAAAGCAUACAAAGAUGCUUUUGGUCUGUACGAAUGGAAAGCACUCCAUGAGUUAUACACAGGGCUUCAAACACGCCUUGGCGCUUUCGAACCUCCAUAUACUAUACGCUACCAUGCUGGUCAAGGCCGAUCUUCAGAUGUCUCUGCGAAACAUGGGGCGACGUCGGUGCUGCCUGUUUCAUACGAUACACGCCAGUCGAACGUCGAGCCUCUGGCCGAAGGAAUCAAUUCAUCUUUUGCCGGGCAACAGGAUAUCGAGCUGUCCUCUCAUCUGGCUCGUUCUCAAUUCGAAAUCUUUCCACGCUUCCAACAUAGUGAAUUGAUGCAAGGGGAGGCGAAUCCCUUGUCGAACCCGCAGCCCCACGAAGAAGUAUUAGCUGGACAUGACAUGCCUCUUCCCAGUGAAAAUUUCGACUCUAUGUCAGUAGAUAUGACCAUAUCUUUAUCACCAUUCAACCGUUUUCAAGAUGCGGGCACAGUUGAGUCUCUUUUGGAGGAACUGUCUUCCAUAAACGAGAAUGAUUGGGAUAUGAUGCCCUCGCAAUUCAUGUAUAAUCUCGGGUUUUAUGAUACUGAAACUAAGGGUUGA